AUGGCACAGAGCGAGGCGCAGGGCUUCAGUGAGGUGGUGGAGCUCAACGUGGGGGGGCAGGUGUACGUGACCCGGCUGGACACUUUGACAGCGGUGCCCAACUCUUUACUUUGGAGCAAGUUUACGCAGAGCGCCCCGAGCGACCUGCCCAAAGACAGCAAGGGCCGCUUCUUCUUCGACCGCGACGGCUUUCUGUUCCGUUACAUUCUGGAUUACUUACGCGACUCUGACCUCAUUCUGCCAGAGUUCUUCAAAGAGCGGAAGAGGCUGCUGAAAGAAGCUGACUUCUACCAGUUACCAGAGCUGGCAAGGCUCCUGGACACGGCCAGCAAAGAGAACUCCUCCGCAGAGGACAGCGGGGAGGCCGAGGAGUCCGAGCUGAGCCCGAUCACCUCAUCCUCGGACAGAGGGUCCCGCUCCCCAGGGGCCCGCUCCCCAGGGGCCCGCUCCCCGGGGGGCUGCUCCGGGUACAUCACUGUGGGAUACAGGGGCAGCUACACCAUCGGGAGAGACAUCCAGGCGGACGCCAAGUUCCGCAGAGUGGCCAGAAUAACAGUGUGCAGCAAGAUCUCUCUGGCUAAAGAAGUGUUCGGAGACACGCUGAACGAGAGCCGAGACCCGGACCGGCCCCCGGACCGCUACACGGCCAGAUACUACCUCAAGUACAACUUUCUGGAACAGGCCUUUGACAAGCUGGCGGAGGCGGGCUUCCACAUGGUGGCAUGUAACUCCACCGGGACCUGCUCCUACGGGAGCAACGACCCCGGAGAGGACAAGCUGUGGACCAGUUACACCGAGUAUGUGUUCAGCCGGUGA